AUAAGAAUCCGCCCGAUUUAGAAUCCAGUAGUCCUAAUUCAGAAUUAGGCUACCCAGUUUUAGGAUUCUUGAUCGUGGCACCUGAAUUAAGAAUUGCAACUAGUGGGCUAUAUAUAGUACGGGUAAAAUCCAAGUUAGCACCUGAGUACGAUCUUUCAUAUGAAAAUUUUUUACAUUGGAUAUACCUCGAG